AUGUUCAAUACCCUCACUGGAGCAAGAAAACUAUACGGACGUCGGCAGGGCUUCAACCGUGUCUGGGCCGGGCUGAAACCAUACGUGUUGAUUUCUAAAGCAACAGCUGUAGAGAAAAUUCUCUCUAGUGGAAAGAACAUCGAAAAGGGUCGUGACUACGAUCUGCUGAAACCAUGGAUCGGCAGCGGACUGCUAACAAGUCACGCUGCUAAAUGGUACCAGCGCAGAAAACUCCUUACACCAUCAUUUCACUUCAAAAUACUGAACAACUUCGUAGAGGUGUUUAACAAGCAGAGCUUUGUGCUAGUUCGUCAACUAGAAAAGCAACUCGGUAACAUAGCUGGCUUUGACUGUACCAUUUAUGCCACGUUAACCUCCCUCGAUAUCAUUUGCGAAACAGCAAUGGGAUUCCCGAUUCACGCACUCGAAAAAUCAGACUCAGAGUACGUAAAAGCCCACGAAAAAAUUGCUGAAAUUAUUCUUGAACGACUGCAAAAGUUUUGGCUUAGGUGGGACUUCAUCUUUCGCUUUACUAAGAGCUACGCUCAGCAUGAACGCUGCCUGAAAGUAUUACACGACUUUGCAUACAACAUGAUACGUGAGCGCCGUAGUAUGCACCGCCAACAGAAAAAAUCAACUCCACAAGUCUUCAAAGAGGAAAAACCAUUGUUAACAUCGAGCGGCAACUAUGGUCGCAGGCAACUGGCUUUUCUUGAUCUGCUUAUAGAACUUUCGGAGGACGGACAGCAGCUCACCGAUGCGGAUAUACGUGAGGAAGUCGAUACCUUUAUUCUUGGCGGUCAUGACACAACCGCUACAGCACUUGCUUGGAUGCUGUACCUGCUUGGCACGGAGCCUGCCGUUCAAGAGCGAGUAUAUCAGGAGAUCGAGUCUAUCAUGGGUAAAGACCGUUCGCGCUAUCCGACGAUAACCGAGCUGGCCGAGAUGCGAUACCUGGAGUGUUGCAUCAAGGAAAGCCUUCGACUUUUUCCCAGCAUUCCGAUGCUCUCGCGUACGCUUGUCAGUGACGUCGACAUUGAAAAUUAUCAUAUACCUGCUGGCACAAAUGCCGUUAUCAUACUUUAUCAAUUGCACCGAGAUGCACAUUACUUUCCUAAUCCGGAAAAGUUUCUGCCGGAGCGGUUUCUGCCCGAGAACUCCGGCGAUCGUCAUCCGUACGCCUUUAUUCCUUUCAGUGCCGGGCCGCGCAACUGUAUCGGCCAAAAGUUUGGUGCUCUCGAAGAGAAGGCUGUAUUGUCUGCCGUAAUACGUCAUUACCACAUCGAAGCAGUGCAGCGUCGAGAAGAUUUGGUUUUGUAUGGUGAUUUAGUGAUGCGCACCAAGGAUGGUCUCAAAAUACGCCUCAGCCAACGAAAUUAGGACAAGCGUGAAGUACUCGAUCAGAAGUGUUUAUGAUGAAUUUGAGCCGCCCGUCUAAUUUAAUAACUCGCGAUGGCUUUAGCGUGUGUGUUUCUCACUGCUCGCUGUAACGGCUCAUUCAAAAGUUCUAUUUUGCUUCUCGAUUCCUUCCUGAUGGCUCGCUCGCUCUUGCCGUUUGGUGGCAGCUCAUGUGCUCGAGCUGCCAAGCCCUCUGUUUAUGCUGCCCCUCACCAACUCCUGUUGGCCUAUUCUAUUUCCUUCUUUCGUCGUUGCGUUCGUUCUUCGAUACAUCCAAUGUUGCCGGAUUGGUGGAGGCGUCUGAGGUGGGGUAUACCGAUCCACAUUGCUUACUUGCAGCAAUCAGCUCUAUUUUGCAGUGCUUGUUUGGAAGCUCAAUCGUGUGUGUGCCUAACUCAAAGCACAAGCUGAAGAUAGCGCGUGUUCACAAAUCUGACGGCGCGCCUCGAUGGGAUACGCCGUUAGCCCGGAGCGCCGUCCCACGAAGGUGAUAGUGCUGGGCAGAUUGAACAAUUGCAGAUGCGGGUUUGCGGUACAUUAUCAAUUUACGGACAUCGCUUAUAUAAUCAAAAUAAUAAAUAAUUGUUUGAAGACGAAGAAUUGGUAGCAUUGUUCCAACAAGAUCCAUGUCAGACGCAAGAAUAACUUGCAGAAAUGUUAGGAGUUGACCGCACUACAGUUUCCAAACGCCUAAUUGCCAUGUGAAUGAUUAGAAAAAUCUCAUGAUUUGAAAGAAAUGGACAUUGGAUGAAGGAAAACUGUUUACGAGUUUCUGUUUGAACGGCACAGCAAGCGUGAACUUGGUGAACUAACAUAACUUGUAACUUGCAUAGUGCAGGAUGUCAUUGCAUACUUCCUCUACCGCAGGGUGUGCAUCUACUAUUCGUGCGUCUACUGUAGUCUGUGUGGUGUAAUUGUAUGGAUAUGUUAUAUCGGCAAAGCAGGCCAAGACCACUCGGCGGUAGUAGUCGGAUAAGUAAGUAAGUACUACGCUGUUCGAUAAGUUUGGAACCUGGAUAAGAAAAACACAAUUUUAUGGUUUGAA